AUGGUUGGUGUUCCACGGCAUAUAGCAGAACACCGUCUAAACGUCUCCGAAGAUGCCAAGCCAGUGGUGCACGCCAAACGCCACCUAGGCGAUAUCAAACAUGAUGCAAUGAAAGAACAAGUGUUGGAACUGCUAAACGCAGGAAUCAUCAGGGAAGUCCGGUACCAAACGUGGGUAAUGGUAAAGAAACCGAAUGGUAGUUGGAGAAUGUGUGUCGACUACAAGGAUCUGAACAAAGCAUGUCCCCGUGACUGCUAUGCUUUACCAGACAUAGACGAGAAAAUAGAUUCUCUGGCAACGUUUCGGUGGAAAUGUUUUCUGGAUUGCUACAAAGGAUACCACCAGGUCCAGAUGGCUGUUCAAGACGAAGAUAAAACCGCAUUCCGCACACCAACGGGGUUAUACUGCUACACCAAGAUGCCGUUCGGCUUAAAGAAUGCGGGCGCAACAUACCAAAGGUUGAUGAACGAAACAUUCAGUGACGCCAUCGGUAAGUACAUAGAAGUGUACAUGGAUGAUCUGGUAAUCAUGAGCAAGGAGGAGAGCGCGAUGCUGGCAAAUAUCCAGAAGACCUUCAACACGCUGCGCAGCGUAAGCAUCAAACUGAAUCCAGCAAAGUGCUUAUUCGGAAUGGAAGAAGGAAAGUUUUUGGGCUUCAUAGUCACUAAGGAUGGGUUUAAGGUGAAUCCAGAAAAGGUCCAGGCCAUAGAAAGGAUGCCUUCACCAGCCAACGUCAAAGACAUGCAAAAGCUUGCAGGACGAUUAGCAGCACUCAAUCGAACCUUGACCGACCCAGAAACCAGAUACGCAAUCAUGGAAAAGCUGGUCCUUGCACUGAUUCACGCGUCAAGAAGGCUGCGCCGAUAUUUUGCCAAUCACGUCAUCCACGUGCUAACAAAUUACAAUAUUGGGAAUAUCCUAGCAAGGCCAGAAAUAUCAGGAAGGUUGGCCAAGUGGGCGAUAGAGCUAGGGGGACACAACGUAGUCUUCAGACCACGACCGUCGAUCAAAGGCCAAGUUUUGGCAGACUUCAUGACGGAAGUCCCAGAUGACAAAGACAGAGAGUGUAAGGCGAUGGAAAAAGCUGAGAAAAAACAAACCGAAGAGCCAUGGCUGCUAUAUACAGACGGUGCAUCCAACGAAGAUGGGGCAGGCGCGGGGCUACGGCUAGUAAGCCCUGACAAACACGAGUUCACUUACGCCAUACGCCUAGACUUCAAGAGCACAAAUAACGAAGCAGAGUACGAAGCCUUUCUGGCCGGCUUGCGUUUGGCAAUCAAAAUGGGGGUCCGACACAUCGAAGCACAUGUGGACUCCAUGUUAGUAGCAGGCCAAAUCAAUGGUCAAUAUGAAGCCAAAGGCGACAUAAUGGCACUCUAUCUCAACCAAGCAAAGACGUUGCUGCAAACCUUCUAUUCUUACAAGGUGCACCACAUAAACCGCAGUGAAAACAAGCCGGCAGACGCCUUAAGCAAGCUUGCGUCAACAAGUUUCCAGCACCUAGCCAAAGAUGUGCGCAUAGAAGUUUUAAGCAACCCAUCUGUUCCACUCAGAGAAGUCAACGUCAUCCAAACAGGAACCACGUCUUGGAUGACACCCAUAAUCAUGUACUUACAGUCCGGGAUACUUCCAGAAAAUAAAGCUGAGGCGCGGAAAAUCCAGUAUAAAUCAGAACAUUAUCAGAUGGCAGACGGGAUACUGUACCGAAAGUCAUAUCUCGGCCCGCUGCUAAGAUGUGUUGACGCCGACGACGCAAAUUAUCUGAUCCGGGAAGUACAUGAAGGCAUUUGUGGUAUCCACGCCGGGCCGCGUAUGGUAGUGGCAAAAGUAAUGAACGCCGGUUACUACUGGCCCGGAAUGCAUCUCGAUGCCGUGAAGGAAUUAAGGAAGUGCAGCGGCUGCCAACGGCAUGCACCAAAAACCAUGCGUCCAAAAAACGAAUUGGUACCAGUAACAACCGCAUGGCCCUUUCAGCAAUGGGGCAUAGACAUGGUGGGCCCUUUCCCAGAAGCUCCAGGGGCAGUCAAGUUCAUCAUCGUCGCGGUCGAUUACUUCACCAAGUGGGUGGAAGCAAAAGCACUUGCGUCAACCACGUCGGCAGUCGUUAAAUGA